UUCUCUUCCUUUUCAUUUAUAUACCGCGAGGAGCAGCUAGAAUUGCCGGCCAUCCAUCCUCGCUUCUGAUCUCCUCCUAAAUACCUAGGAAGCCGUCUUAUUGUGGGCGCUCCCUGACCAACAGCACCCGGGUACCGCCUCCACCAUGGCGAAAGGCAAUGGAUCGUCGAAGUUCACGUGCGAAUGCAACUUGACAUUCAAAGACCGGCUAAAGCUCCUCGACCAUGCUAGACAGGCGGGGCAUAUGAAGAGUAGUACGUGCGUUAAGUGCUGUCGUGUGUUUGCAACGGCAGAGAGCCUCCAUCAGCACAACGCAGCUUUUAAGCACAAGAAACCCCCCGUUCCUGUGGCCGCAGGUGUCGCUUCUAGCAGCACGCCCGCAAAGACGACUCCCAACACUGCUGCUGCUGCUGCGAGUAAGCCCGCGGCCGCCGUGUCCACCGCGAACGCGCCCGCGAGGAAAGCCACCUCCGGUCCGAAGCCCGUCUCCGCUGCGAGCAAGCCUGCGCCAGCCGUACAAGCGCCGAAGGCCGCUGUCAAGAAGAAUCAACCGGGUAUUGCUGCUCCCCCGACGAAGCCCGCAGCGCCUACAAAUACUCCCAAGUUACUGGGAGGUGUACCCGUACAGAAGGAACCUCCGAGGCCGCCAGUCAAAGUUGCGCCGACUCCGAGCGGCAGUAGCUCUGCGCAAGGCGCUGUCGUGCUUGCGAAGAUGCCCGGCGCCCCGUACGCUUGGGUGUCGGCACCCGUGGGGAACGAGUUCCUGGGGGCCUUGAUCGACCGCUGCCACAGCGAGGAGCUCUUGCUCAGCCAAGGCUACUACACCGGCCCCGUCGCCGGCCGGAAGCCUCCCAACUUCAACGUGCGCGGCUUCUUCCCGACGCCGAGAUGGAACUCCGCCGUUCCAAAGCGCGACGCCGUCGCCAUCGACUGCGAGAUGGUCGGGGUCGGGCCCCGGGGCUGCCGCAGCUCGCUCGCCCGCAUCUCGGCCGUCGACAUGCUGACCGGAGAGGUCCUCAUCGACCAGCUCGUCGUGCCGAACGCGCCCGUCACCGACUGGCGCACCAAGUACAGCGGCAUCACCAAGGAGAUGAUGCGGCAGGCGCAGGUGAGCGGGCGGGCCUUCGCGUCGUGGACCGCGGCGCGGCGUGAGCUCUUCCGCUUCGUCGACAUCACGACUGUGCUGGUCGGGCACUCGCUGCAGCAUGACCUGCGGGUGCUCGGCACGUGGCACGAGCGCGUAGUCGACACGGCGCUGCUGGCGGCCGAGGCCGUCUUCGGGCGCGGCCAGCAGCUGAGCCGGAUCAUGUCGCUGCGGGAACUGUGCCACGACCUGCUGGGCGUCGCCGUGCAGGGCGCUAAGACGGGCCACGACAGCCUCGAGGACGCGCUGGCGACGCGCGAGCUCGCCAUCCUGUGCGUCGCCUGCCCCGGCGCGCUCGUCCCCUGGGCCGCCACUGCGCGUGCCCAGUACGAAGCCAAGGUGGAGAGGCAGCGCCGCGAGCGCGAGGAGCGCCGCGCGCUGCGGGAGAAGAAGAAGGCCGAGCGGCUGGCCCGGGGGUUCGACUCGAGCGACGACUACGACUGCUACUCCGACAGGGAGUUUUUGGUCAUGACCGAAGCUGAAUUUCUCGAUCAGAUCGAAUACCCCCCAGGCUACGAUAACUUUUCGGACUAGGCGGGAAGCGUUGCCCCCCGGGACAUGCCGAGUCUCUUGCUGACGUCCCGUCGCGUGAUGCGGGUGGAUGGGUGCUGUCGCGCCUCGGCGAGCAGCUUGGCACAUAGAGGCUAGUUUAGGGGUUCUCGACGGCUAUCGCCGAGACCCCUAUUAUAGUUUUAGGGCUUAGCUGGAAUCUAUGAGAAUCUCGUGUUUUUUUACUAGUGCAAUAGGGGAAUAUGUAGGUAGAGUAUACGUAACAACACCAUAAAACAUUGCAAUGUUGGCAACUGGUUGCAGGCUUCA